AUGGCAAUGAAGGCUUGCGACGGCGUUCCAACGGUGAAAUAUGGAAGGGUUUGGCCAGAAAUGUGGACUCAGUGCUUGGGGAAGGAGAUUCGACAGUGGGAUCCGAAUGGUUGGCUUCUUGAUGGUUCUCACUCUAUUUGUGAAGCUCAUUUUGCUUUGUCGGCUAAAUUCCUUGGUUUGGAUCAAGCUGUGGAGUUUGCUUGUUCUAAUAAACUUGAUUAUGUCUAUUUUGAAGUUGAUUCAAAAACUAUGAUUGAUAGCUUGAAUACUAGUUCAACUCUAAAUGAUUGGAAGUGUCUUCAUAUUUCUGAGAACAUCCUCUUUAAGAAGAAUUGUUUACGGAACAUCAUUUUCUCUUGGGUUCCCAUAGAAGCUUUAUUAGAGAAUGUUUUGUUGGUGUUCUUCAUACUGGUUUGUGUUGCAGAAAGUGAUUCUAAGGUCAAGUUUUUCAAUGUGAAAGACUAUGGUGCAACUGCGGACGGGAAGACAGAUAACAGUCAGGCUUUUUUGAAAGCAUGGAAGGAGGCAUGUGAAUGGGAAGGGAAAGCUAGGUUUUGGAUCCCAGAAGGGACGUUCCAGCUUAACCCUGUCAUAUUUGAUGGACCAUGCAAGGGUUUCAUGGCUUUUGUGAUUAAAGGAGUUUUGAUAGCUCCGGCUGGUCCAUUCACCGACAAGUGGAUCAAUUUCCGGUAUGUCAAUAACCUCGCCGUCUUUGGUGGCGGCAAGUUGGUGGGACAAGGUGCGACAGCUUGGCAUCACAAUGACUGCAGCAACAACCCUAAUUGUCGGCAGCUAGCUUCAAACAUUAGAUUUGACUUCAUCACCAACGGUCGAGUUCAUCACAUUCAUUCCAUUGAUAGCAAAAGUAGUCAUAUUGUGAUAUUUGGGUGCAAGAACAUGAACUUCACAAAGAUAAGAAUAUCGGCUCCUGAAGAUAGCCCUAACACUGAUGGCAUCAAAAUCGGAAAAUCCUUUGGAAUAAACAUCACAAGAACUGCCAUUAGCACGGGAGACGAUUGCAUUGCCAUGAUUUCAGGCACCCGAACCGUACGGAUCUCGGAAGUGAUGUGCGGUCCCGGACAUGGAAUCAGUGUUGGAAGCCUUGGCAGGGGAGAUGGAGAAGAAGAUGUUGAAGACAUUGUUGUGAAGAAUUGCACAUUUGAUGGAACAAGUCAAGGUGUGAGAAUUAAGACAUGGGCUAAUCCUUUAAGCAAACCCUUGAAGGCUUAUAAUUUUUUGUAUGAAGAUAUUGUGAUGAAUAAUGUGAGGAACCCAAUCAUCAUUGAUCAACAAUAUUGCCCAUUUCCUCGUUGCUACACACAGGUGAGCUCACAAGUGGAGAUAAGUAAAGUAAGGUACAAGAAUAUUCAAGGAAGUAGCAGCAGUGAAGAGGCAAUAACAUUAAAUUGCAGCAAAGAUAAGCCAUGCCAAGAUAUAACAUUGGAGGACAUUAAUCUUUGGCCUCAUCCUUCUUCUAAUCUUAAUAAGCUGACCAGCUCUUGUUCAAAUGUCAAUGGUGCUUCUUAUGGCAAACAAAACCCCCCUGGUUGCUUCUAA